AUGCUUGCCCCAAGACUGAUAGCCGCAAUCAGUGUCCUCGUCUUUAUCCUAAACCUUCUACUCCUCUCCGCUGACUUCUACUACCUAAAAAAUAUCGCCGGCCGCCGGCUUGUCGGACUCCGCUGGUGGAACGAAGUGAACACCACAAACGGUGAUUCUCACUGGGUAUUCGAAAGUUCAGACCCUAACACCCGGACCAUCAACGCUACAGAUAAACGAUUCUUUUGGCUCAGUCUAUACGCUACUCCGGCGCUGUGGAUUGGUCUUGCUAUUCUUGCCAUUAUAAGAUUACAGGGUGUCAUUUGGCUAAGCUUGGUUGCAAUUGCGCUCAUCCUUACUCUCACGAAUACAGUGGCAUUUUCGCGAUGUGACCGGUUCAGCCAGGCAUCGACCUUCGCGAGCAGUGCCCUAUCCGGUGGCAUUGCAACUAAUUUUGCUUCAGGGAUGAUAGGAAGGCUUUUCAGAUGAGACAACAAGCGGGCGACGAAGUUUCAUGCGUUAGAAUGCUGAUUAGAUUCAUAUCUACUGGGCUUUCCACAUAUUUUCAGGAGGCUGUUCCCCCCUUUUUAUUAAGCUUUACUUCGCCGGACAAUUUUCCAUUUUCCUAUCCAAAGUUCUUUUAGCUGGCCCGAUUCCUCUGGCCGUUUGUCUUUCCAGUCCACGCGGUAACAGGUCCAUAAUGUCUUUUCUCUUUUUGGCGGUUGGUAUUUUUGAACGGGGCUUUGCAUGUCUUCUCAUGUGCUACUACCAUACUUCUACCCUAUCGAAUAUUCUGUG